UCCAUGUCGAGCAUGGAAGUAAUUCAUGACAUGCGCAUGAAUUUCCAAUACAAAAGCACUGUGUAAAAACAUGUUAAAUCUAGAGGAAAAAAAACGAAAACUAUUUGGAAUUGGAAUCAUCAGUUUAAACAGUAUCAUUCGCGUUGUCAUAAGAAUAGAUCGUUUCUCCGCUAAUAUAUUGCCUCGUUAUUUAUUUAGUCAUAAUUUUAUAAAGCAGUAUAUUUUAAACUUGUUAUAAAAUCAUUGAGUACUUCGGGACUUUAAAAUUUUCCUUUCACACAUUUUUUGGUAAUAUUAUCAACAAAGUUUUGAAAGCAACAGAAGAAAUAAUGGAAUUUCGCUUUAAUAUCAAUAAGAUCUUCAAGAAUAAUAUUAGCAGAGUCGGUAAUUCUUUGUUGCCAGCUGCAUUUAUUGCACCUGAUAGGCGAAGUGCUUUAGAUGCGACUGCUUAUGUUGCAGAGAUUAUAAAUAGUAUUGGACAAGCUUCAGCAGCAGCACAAGGUUUGAAUCAAGCUGUAACUUCUUCAGAUCGUCUGCGAAAUUGUGAUGAACAAGUUGUAUACUUGAUGACUGAAGAUAAUGGAAAGAACGGACUUGUAGUUGGUCUUUUGAAAAUAGGACGUAAAUCAUUAUAUGUGUUUGAUAAAUUUGGUGAUACGAAGCAUGUUUUAGCUCCUUGUGUUUUGGAUUUUUAUAUUCACGAGACUCGUCAGAGGGCAGGAUUAGGAAAAGUUUUAUUUGAAUAUAUGUUGGAGUAUGAGAAUUUAUUGCCUGAGCAGCUUGCUAUUGAUCGGCCAAGUGAAAAAUUACUUUCAUUCCUUAAAAAACACUAUGCAUUAACCGAGAAAAUUCCACAAAUGAAUAAUUUUGUGAUUUACGAUGGAUUUUUCACUGCGCAAGAUUCGCAAAGGGAUGUUAUGAAAGGAUCAAGCAUGCACAUUACAGCUAGUCUUAACUCAAAAUUAUUUGGACCGCAAUUUAUAAGUGAAGAGAAUUCACACCGUCGAUCCAAUUCUCGACUAAGAGAAGACGCCCCAAAAGUUCAGAGCCAAGUAUACGGACGAUAUGGUGCCCCUAGACCUAUAGCUACUUUAAACCAGAUAAUUCACAACAAACCCGUCUCUUCAGUAACAGAACCAAACAGCAAAAAAGACAACAUAACCAAUGCACUCGAUGCGAAUAUACAUAUUGAAAGUCAAAUUAAGAACGACGAAAGCAAUGAUAAGCUUUCACAAGAAAUGCAAAUGCUUGAUUUAGAAAAGAACAGUUCAAAUUUUGAAAUGUCAUCUAUGCUUGAAAAUGAAAGUGUCAAUGAAAUAAAUCAAGAUCAUAAUGAUACUGGAUACUUUGAAAAACAAACUAAUUUUUUUGACGACUCCGAACACUUACAUCAUCAACAGCAAUAUUUUAGAAAUCAUCAAAAUCUACAAAUACCAGAAAAGCAACAAGAUUGUACCAGCCCAACUUUUUUUCAAUACAACAAGAGACAAACCGGAAAGAAGAAUGUUUCUCACAUUAUUGUUGGAACUGAUGAUAAGAUUGAAUUUGAUCAAGUCGAUGAUAAAGGUUUUGGCGUAGUUAAAAUAAAUCGUCCAAUUGGUGUUUCUAGUCGAUCAAGCACUCUUGAACAAUUAAAUGAAAAUGAAUCUAUUCAUUCGCAUGAUUCAGAGAGAACACAUACUGCAGACGGAUAUUUUGAUUUAAAAUUCUACAGCCACAGAUUGUGGUAAAUUUUAAAGAAAAAUCAUUUCAAAUUUUAAGAUAUAAUAUACAAUUUUUUAAUCAGGUUCACACUAAAUAAACUAGGAAUAUAAUCAAACAAAACUAUUAGGGCUUAUUCGUUUGAUUUUGAAGUGUCAGAAACCAGAU